GUGAACCGAAAAAAUAUUUAAUAAAAGAUAUAUCUAAAUCAUUGUCCAUAAAAGAAAAUUUCGGAAAACUUACAAAAUACAGUUUGCAAUAUCAACAACUAACAGGAAUACAUUUUGUAAAAGUCUUGAAUGUGAUUACGGUAGUUAUAGGCCAUCGCCUAACAGUCGCCGCCUUUUCAUUUCCUUUAUCAGAUGCGUUUCUUGGGGAACAACAAUUUAGCAAAGCAGCCGUACUACUUUCCCGGCCCGAUAUUCUGAAUGUAUUUUUUCUGAUAAGUGGGUUUUUAACUUUUCAUCUGGGAUUUUCUUAUAUGUUGAAAGAAGGAAUAGCUUUUCUAUUCACCAGCAUCGCAUACAGGUGGACAAGAAUGAUUCCAACAUUUGCUUUGAUGGCGUUGUAUGCGAUUUAUAUGAUCCCAUAUGUGGGAGAUGGUCCGUUAUGGAAUUACAGAUCAAUGACCGAAGUUAACAAUUGCAGGGAAAGCUGGUGGACUACCGUAUUCUUCAUUAGUAAUUUUGUCAAACCUGACAAAUCAUGUCUUAUAUUUACCUGGUACAUAACGGCUGACAUUCAACUAGCCACGAUUGGAGGAAUUUUAUUAUACAUUUUUACGAAAAAUCGAAAAGUUGGUGUUUUUGCGGUGGUACUUACAUUUAUCUCUGCCAUUACGAUGACAUUCUUCUUUACUUUCACGAAACAGUUACCAGGGAUAGUUCGAUUUUAUUUCGACCAGACAAGAGAUAAAUUGAACGAUGAAGGCUUUUAUUACGUAUACAUUGCUACGAGUACAAGAUGUGGACCUUAUUUAUUAGGAUUUAUGACAGCUUAUCUACUUGCUAUUCUUAGGCAAAAAAAAAUCAAGUUUACACAUACACAAAUGUAUUUAUUUUCGUUCAUAUCCAUACUGAUUAGCGAGGCAGCUAUAUUUUACGGAUCCUCAUCUUACACUUUAAAUAAAAAAUAUAGUGCGCUUGAAAACGCUUUAUACAGUGCAUUAUGUUCUACACUAGCAGUGUUAAAGUACGCGAUUAUUGGACUAGUUUACUUCACGUCGGGAUUAGGAAUAUUUACCAAAUUGAUCGAAUGGAACGUGUGGAUUCCAUUAUCACGUUUAUCAUAUUCGGUUUUUCUGAUCAACAUACCGGUUCUGCUGCACCAUGCUUCAUCUCAGAGACAACCAAUCUCACUUAUAAAUACGUUGAAUAUAGUAUUUUGGUUUAUUGGUGAUCCAAUACUGAUCUAUUUUUUGGGAUUAAUUUUUCAUUUGUUCAUCGAAGCUCCAAUUUUAAAUUUGAACACAGCCAUCAGAAGACGACUAUUGAAAUGUUUGCAAGACCAUAACUCGACAAAUCAAAGCUUAUGCAACAAAUCUCAAUUGUCAAAAAACAAAUGCGAAUAGGUAUCUACUGUGCACAUACCCCAUAUACCCCUAUGUCGUAUCCUGUACUAACGUAAUGUAAUAGUACAUGUAUGUAGGUACAUUACACAUCAAGGGAGGUAAAAUAAAGAAUGUCUCAGAGCGCAUGUAAUCAACGCCCGAGUCAUCUCGACUUGAUAUGUAUUUAAGUUGAGAUUAAUUCGACUUAAGCACGAACAAAUAAAAACAUUAACAUUCCA